AUGGGGCAUGGGGUUAUGCGGGCAUGGGGCAUGGGGUUAUGGGAGCAUGGGGCAUGGGGUUAUGCGGGCAUGGGGCAUGGGGUUAUGGGAGCAUGGGGCAUGGGGUUAUGCGGGCAUGGGGCAUGGGGUUAUGGGAGCAUGGGGCAUGGGGUUAUGCGGGCAUGGGGCAUGGGGUUAUGGGAGCAUGGGGCAUGGGGUUAUGCGGGCAUGGGGCAUGGGGUUAUGGGAGCAUGGGGCAUGGGGUUAUGCGGGCAUGGGGCAUGGGGUUAUGGGAGCAUGGGGGCAUGGGGUUAUGCGGGCAUGGGGCAUGGGGUUAUGGGAGCAUGGGGGCAUGGGGUUAUGCGGGCAUGGGGCAUGGGGUUAUGGGAGCAUGGGGCAUGGGGUUAUGCGGGCAUGGGGCAUGGGGGUAUGGGAGCAUGGGGCAUGGGGUUAUGCGGGCAUGGGGCAUGGGGUUAUGGGAGCAUGGGGCAUGGGGUUAUGCGGGCAUGGGGCAUGGGGUUAUGGGAGCAUGGGGCAUGGGGUUAUGCGGGCAUGGGGCAUGGGGUUAUGGGAGCAUGGGGCAUGGGGUUAUGCGGGCAUGGGGCAUGGGGUUAUGGGAGCAUGGGGCAUGGGGUUAUGCGGGCAUGGGGCAUGGGGUUAUGGGAGCAUGGGGGCAUGGGGUUAUGCGGGCAUGGGGCAUGGGGUUAUGGGAGCAUGGGGGCAUGGGGUUAUGCGGGCAUGGGGCAUGGGGUUAUGGGAGCAUGGGGCAUGGGGUUAUGCGGGCAUGGGGCAUGGGGUUAUGGGAGCAUGGGGCAUGGGGUUAUGCGGGCAUGGGGCAUGGGGUUAUGGGAGCAUGGGGGCAUGGGGUUAUGCGGGCAUGGGGCAUGGGGUUAUGGGAGCAUGGGGGCAUGGGGUUAUGCGGGCAUGGGGCAUGGGGUUAUGGGAGCAUGGGGCAUGGGGUUAUGCGGGCAUGGGGCAUGGGGUUAUGGGAGCAUGGGGCAUGGGGUUAUGCGGGCAUGGGGCAUGGGGUUAUGGGAGCAUGGGGCAUGGGGUUAUGCGGGCAUGGGGCAUGGGGUUAUGGGAGCAUGGGGGCAUGGGGUUAUGCGGGCAUGGGGCAUGGGGUUAUGGGAGCAUGGGGGCAUGGGGUUAUGCGGGCAUGGGGCAUGGGGUUAUGGGAGCAUGGGGCAUGGGGUUAUGCGGGCAUGGGGCAUGGGGUUAUGGGAGCAUGGGGCAUGGGGUUAUGCGGGCAUGGGGCAUGGGGUUAUGGGAGCAUGGGGCAUGGGGUUAUGCGGGCAUGGGGCAUGGGGUUAUGGGAGCAUGGGGCAUGGGGUUAUGCGGGCAUGGGGCAUGGGGUUAUGGGAGCAUGGGGCAUGGGGUUAUGCGGGCAUGGGGCAUGGGGUUAUGGGAGCAUGGGGCAUGGGGUUAUGCGGGCAUGGGGCAUGGGGUUAUGGGAGCAUGGGGGCAUGGGGUUAUGCGGGCAUGGGGCAUGGGGUUAUGGGAGCAUGGGGCAUGGGGUUAUGCGGGCAUGGGGCAUGGGGUUAUGGGAGCAUGGGGCAUGGGGUUAUGCGGGCAUGGGGCAUGGGGUUAUGGGAGCAUGGGGGCAUGGGGUUAUGCGGGCAUGGGGCAUGGGGUUAUGGGAGCAUGGGGGCAUGGGGUUAUGCGGUGAUGGGGCAUGGGGUUAUGGGAGCAUGGGGGCAUGGGGUUAUGCGGGCAUGGGGGCAUGGGGUUAUGCGGGCAUGGGGCAUGGGGUUAUGCGGGCAUGGGGCAUGGGGUUAUGCGGGCAUGGGGCAUGGGGUUAUGCGGGCAUGGGGCAUGGGGUUAUGGGAGCAUGGGGGCAUGGGGUUAUGCGGGCAUGGGGCAUGGGGUUAUGGGAGCAUGGGGGCAUGGGGUUAUGCGGGCAUGGGGCAUGGGGUUAUGGGAGCAUGGGGGCAUGGGGUUAUGCGGGCAUGGGGCAUGGGGUUAUGGGAGCAUGGGGCAUGGGGUUAUGCGGGCAUGGGGCAUGGGGUUAUGGGAGCAUGGGGCAUGGGGUUAUGCGGGCAUGGGGCAUGGGGUUAUGGGAGCAUGGGGGCAUGGGGUUAUGCGGGCAUGGGGCAUGGGGUUAUGGGAGCAUGGGGGCAUGGGGUUAUGCGGGCAUGGGGCAUGGGGUUAUGGGAGCAUGGGGGCAUGGGGUUAUGCGGGCAUGGGGCAUGGGGUUAUGGGAGCAUGGGGGCAUGGGGUUAUGCGGGCAUGGGGCAUGGGGUUAUGGGAGCAUGGGGCAUGGGGUUAUGCGGGCAUGGGGCAUGGGGUUAUGGGAGCAUGGGGCAUGGGGUUAUGCGGGCAUGGGGCAUGGGGUUAUGGGAGCAUGGGGGCAUGGGGUUAUGCGGGCAUGGGGCAUGGGGUUAUGGGAGCAUGGGGGCAUGGGGUUAUGCGGUGAUGGGGCAUGGGGUUAUGGGAGCAUGGGGGCAUGGGGUUAUGCGGGCAUGGGGGCAUGGGGUUAUGCGGGCAUGGGGCAUGGGGUUAUGCGGGCAUGGGGCAUGGGGUUAUGCGGGCAUGGGGCAUGGGGUUAUGCGGGCAUGGGGCAUGGGGUUAUGCGGGCAUGGGGCAUGGGGUUAUGCGGGCAUGGGGCAUGGGGUUAUGGGAGCAUGGGGGCAUGGGGUUAUGCGGGCAUGGGGCAUGGGGUUAUGGGAGCAUGGGGGCAUGGGGUUAUGCGGUGAUGGGGCAUGGGGUUAUGGGAGCAUGGGGGCAUGGGGUUAUGCGGGCAUGGGGGCAUGGGGUUAUGCGGGCAUGGGGCAUGGGGUUAUGCGGGCAUGGGGCAUGGGGUUAUGCGGGCAUGGGGCAUGGGGUUAUGGGAGCAUGGGGGCAUGGGGUUAUGCGGGCAUGGGGCAUGGGGUUAUGGGAGCAUGGGGGCAUGGGGUUAUGCGGGCAUGGGGCAUGGGGUUAUGGGAGCAUGGGGCAUGGGGUUAUGCGGGCAUGGGGCAUGGGGUUAUGGGAGCAUGGGGCAUGGGGUUAUGCGGGCAUGGGGCAUGGGGUUAUGGGAGCAUGGGGGCAUGGGGUUAUGCGGGCAUGGGGCAUGGGGUUAUGGGAGCAUGGGGGCAUGGGGUUAUGCGGGCAUGGGGCAUGGGGUUAUGGGAGCAUGGGGGCAUGGGGUUAUGCGGGCAUGGGGCAUGGGGUUAUGGGAGCAUGGGGGCAUGGGGUUAUGCGGUGAUGGGGCAUGGGGUUAUGGGAGCAUGGGGGCAUGGGGUUAUGCGGGCAUGGGGGCAUGGGGUUAUGCGGGCAUGGGGCAUGGGGUUAUGCGGGCAUGGGGCAUGGGGUUAUGCGGGCAUGGGGCAUGGGGUUAUGCGGGCAUGGGGCAUGGGGUUAUGCGGGCAUGGGGGCAUGGGGUUAUGCGGGCAUGGGGGCAUGGGGUUAUGCGGGCAUGGGGCAUGGGGUUAUGCGGGCAUGGGGCAUGGGGUUAUGCGGGCAUGGGGCAUGGGGUUAUGCGGGCAUGGGGCAUGGGGUUAUGCGGGCAUGGGGCAUGGGGUUAUGCGGGCAUGGGGCAUGGGGUUAUGGGAGCAUGGGGGCAUGGGGUUAUGCGGGCAUGGGGCAUGGGGUUAUGCGGGCAUGGGGCAUGGGGUUAUGGGAGCAUGGGGGCAUGGGGUUAUGCGGGCAUGGGGCAUGGGGUUAUGGGAGCAUGGGGCAUGGGGUUAUGCGGGCAUGGGGGCAUGGGGUUAUGCGGGCAUGGGGCAUGGGGUUAUGCGGGCAUGGGGCAUGGGGUUAUGCGGGCAUGGGGGCAUGGGGUUAUGCGGGCAUGGGGGCAUGGGGUUAUGCGGUGAUGGGGCAUGGGGUUAUGGGAGCAUGGGGGCAUGGGGUUAUGCGGGCAUGGGGGCAUGGGGUUAUGCAGGCAUGGGGCAUGGGGUUAUGCGGGCAUGGGGCAUGGGGUUAUGCGGGCAGGGGGCAUGGGGUUAUGCGGGCAUGGGGGCAUGGGGUUAUGCGGGCAUGGGGGCAUGGGGUUAUGCGGGCAUGGGGGCAUGGGGUUAUGCGGGCAUGGGGGCAUGGGGUUAUGCGGGCAUGGGGGCAUGGGGUUAUGCGGGCAUGGGGCAUGGGGUUAUGCGGGCAUGGGGCAUGGGGUUAUGCGGGCAUGGGGGCAUGGGGUUAUGCGGGCAUGGGGGCAUGGGGUUAUGCGGGCAUGGGGGCAUGGGGUUAUGCGGGCAUGGGGGCAUGGGGUUAUGCGGGCAUGGGGGCAUGGGGUUAUGCGGGCAUGGGGGCAUGGGGUUAUGCGGGCAUGGGGGCAUGGGGUUAUGCGGGCAUGGGGCAUGGGGUUAUGCGGGCAUGGGGCAUGGGGUUAUGGGAGCAUGGGGGCAUGAGGUUAUGCGGGCAUGGGGCAUGGGGUUAUGCGGGCAUGGGGCAUGGGGUUAUGCGGGCAUGGGGCAUGGGGUUAUGCGGGCAUGGGGCAUGGGGUUAUGGGAGCAUGGGGGCAUGGGGUUAUGCGGGCAUGGGGCAUGGGGUUAUGCGGGCAUGGGGCAUGGGGUUAUGGGAGCAUGGGGGCAUGGGGUUAUGCGGGCAUGGGGCAUGGGGUUAUGGGAGCAUGGGGGCAUGGGGUUAUGCGGGCAUGGGGCAUGGGGUUAUGGGAGCAUGGGGGCAUGGGGUUAUGCGGUGAUGGGGCAUGGGGUUAUGGGAGCAUGGGGGCAUGGGGUUAUGCGGGCAUGGGGGCAUGGGGUUAUGCGGGCAUGGGGCAUGGGGUUAUGCGGGCAUGGGGCAUGGGGUUAUGCGGGCAUGGGGCAUGGGGUUAUGCGGGCAUGGGGCAUGGGGUUAUGCGGGCAUGGGGCAUGGGGUUAUGCGGGCAUGGGGCAUGGGGUUAUGCGGGCAUGGGGGCAUGGGGUUAUGCGGGCAUGGGGGCAUGGGGUUAUGCGGGCAUGGGGCAUGGGGUUAUGCGGGCAUGGGGCAUGGGGUUAUGCGGGCAUGGGGCAUGGGGUUAUGCGGGCAUGGGGCAUGGGGUUAUGCGGGCAUGGGGCAUGGGGUUAUGCGGGCAUGGGGCAUGGGGUUAUGGGAGCAUGGGGGCAUGGGGUUAUGCGGGCAUGGGGCAUGGGGUUAUGGGAGCAUGGGGGCAUGGGGUUAUGCGGGCAUGGGGCAUGGGGUUAUGGUAGCAUGGGGGCAUGGGGUUAUGCGGUGAUGGGGCAUGGGGUUAUGGGAGCAUGGGGGCAUGGGGUUAUGCGGGCAUGGGGGCAUGGGGUUAUGCGGGCAUGGGGCAUGGGGUUAUGCGGGCAUGGGGCAUGGGGUUAUGCGGGCAUGGGGCAUGGGGUUAUGCGGGCAUGGGGCAUGGGGUUAUGCGGGCAUGGGGCAUGGGGUUAUGCGGGCAUGGGGGCAUGGGGUUAUGCGGGCAUGGGGGCAUGGGGUUAUGCGGGCAUGGGGGCAUGGGGUUAUGCGGGCAUGGGGGCAUGGGGUUAUGCGGGCAUGGGGGCAUGGGGUUAUGCGGGCAUGGGGGCAUGGGGUUAUGCGGGCAUGGGGGCAUGGGGUUAUGCGGGCAUGGGGCAUGGGGUUAUGCGGGCAUGGGGCAUGGGGUUAUGCGGGCAUGGGGGCAUGGGGUUAUGCGGGCAUGGGGGCAUGGGGUUAUGCGGGCAUGGGGGCAUGGGGUUAUGCGGGCAUGGGGGCAUGGGGUUAUGCGGGCAUGGGGGCAUGGGGUUAUGCGGGCAUGGGGGCAUGGGGUUAUGCGGGCAUGGGGGCAUGGGGUUAUGCGGGCAUGGGGGCAUGGGGUUAUGCGGGCAUGGGGGCAUGGGGUUAUGCGGGCAUGGGGGCAUGGGGUUAUGCGGGCAUGGGGGCAUGGGGUUAUGCGGGCAUGGGGGCAUGGGGUUAUGCGGGCAUGGGGCAUGGGGUUAUGCGGGCAUGGGGCAUGGGGUUAUGCGGGCAUGGGGGCAUGGGGUUAUGCGGGCAUGGGGGCAUGGGGUUAUGCGGGCAUGGGGCAUGGGGUUAUGCGGGCAUGGGGCAUGGGGUUAUGCGGGCAUGGGGCAUGGGGUUAUGGGAGCAUGGGGGCAUGGGGUUAUGCGGGCAUGGGGCAUGGGGUUAUGGGAGCAUGGGGGCAUGGGGUUAUGCGGGCAUGGGGCAUGGGGUUAUGGGAGCAUGGGGGCAUGGGGUUAUGCGGGCAUGGGGCAUGGGGUUAUGGGAGCAUGGGGGCAUGGGGUUAUGCGGGCAUGGGGCAUGGGGUUAUGGGAGCAUGGGGGCAUGGGGUUAUGCGGUGAUGGGGCAUGGGGUUAUGGGAGCAUGGGGGCAUGGGGUUAUGCGGGCAUGGGGGCAUGGGGUUAUGCGGGCAUGGGGCAUGGGGUUAUGCGGGCAUGGGGCAUGGGGUUAUGCGGGCAUGGGGCAUGGGGUUAUGCGGGCAUGGGGCAUGGGGUUAUGCGGGCAUGGGGCAUGGGGUUAUGCGGGCAUGGGGCAUGGGGUUAUGGGAGCAUGGGGGCAUGGGGUUAUGCGGGCAUGGGGCAUGGGGUUAUGGGAGCAUGGGGGCAUGGGGUUAUGCGGGCAUGGGGCAUGGGGUUAUGGGAGCAUGGGGGCAUGGGGUUAUGCGGUGAUGGGGCAUGGGGUUAUGGGAGCAUGGGGGCAUGGGGUUAUGCGGGCAUGGGGGCAUGGGGUUAUGCGGGCAUGGGGCAUGGGGUUAUGCGGGCAUGGGGCAUGGGGUUAUGCGGGCAUGGGGCAUGGGGUUAUGCGGGCAUGGGGCAUGGGGUUAUGCGGGCAUGGGGGCAUGGGGUUAUGCGGGCAUGGGGGCAUGGGGUUAUGCGGGCAUGGGGCAUGGGGUUAUGCGGGCAUGGGGCAUGGGGUUAUGCGGGCAUGGGGCAUGGGGUUAUGCGGGCAUGGGGCAUGGGGUUAUGCGGGCAUGGGGGCAUGGGGUUAUGCGGGCAUGGGGGCAUGGGGUUAUGCGGGCAUGGGGCAUGGGGUUAUGCGGGCAUGGGGCAUGGGGUUAUGCGGGCAUGGGGCAUGGGGUUAUGCGGGCAUGGGGCAUGGGGUUAUGCGGGCAUGGGGCAUGGGCAUGGGGGCAUGGGGUUAUGCGGGCAUGGGGGCAUGGGGUUAUGCGGGCAUGGGGCAUGGGGUUAUGCGGGCAUGGGGCAUGGGGUUAUGCGGGCAUGGGGCAUGGGGUUAUGCGGGCAUGGGGCAUGGGGUUAUGCGGGCAUGGGGGCAUGGGGUUAUGCGGGCAUGGGGGCAUGGGGUUAUGCGGGCAUGGGGGCAUGGGGUUAUGCGGGCAUGGGGGCAUGGGGUUAUGCGGGCAUGGGGGCAUGGGGUUAUGCGGGCAUGGGGGCAUGGGGUUAUGCGGGCAUGGGGGCAUGGGGUUAUGCGGGCAUGGGGGCAUGGGGUUAUGCGGGCAUGGGGCAUGGGGUUAUGCGGGCAUGGGGCAUGGGGUUAUGCGGGCAUGGGGGCAUGGGGUUAUGCGGGCAUGGGGGCAUGGGGUUAUGCGGGCAUGGGGGCAUGGGGUUAUGCGGGCAUGGGGGCAUGGGGUUAUGCGGGCAUGGGGGCAUGGGGUUAUGCGGGCAUGGGGGCAUGGGGUUAUGCGGGCAUGGGGGCAUGGGGUUAUGCGGGCAUGGGGGCAUGGGGUUAUGCGGGCAUGGGGGCAUGGGGUUAUGCGGGCAUGGGGGCAUGGGGUUAUGCGGGCAUGGGGGCAUGGGGUUAUGCGGGCAUGGGGCAUGGGGUUAUGCGGGCAUGGGGCAUGGGGUUAUGCGGGCAUGGGGCAUGGGGUUAUGCGGGCAUGGGGCAUGGGGUUAUGCGGGCAUGGGGCAUGGGGUUAUGGGAGCAUGGGGGCAUGGGGUUAUGCGGGCAUGGGGCAUGGGGUUAUGCGGGCAUGGGGCAUGGGGUUAUGCGGGCAUGGGGCAUGGGGUUAUGCGGGCAUGGGGCAUGGGGUUAUGCGGGCAUGGGGCAUGGGGUUAUGGGAGCAUGGGGGCAUGGGGUUAUGCGGGCAUGGGGCAUGGGGUUAUGGGAGCAUGGGGGCAUGGGGUUAUGCGGGCAUGGGGCAUGGGGUUAUGGGAGCAUGGGGGCAUGGGGUUAUGCGGUGAUGGGGCAUGGGGUUAUGGGAGCAUGGGGGCAUGGGGUUAUGCGGGCAUGGGGGCAUGGGGUUAUGCGGGCAUGGGGCAUGGGGUUAUGCGGGCAUGGGGCAUGGGGUUAUGCGGGCAUGGGGCAUGGGGUUAUGCGGGCAUGGGGGCAUGGGGUUAUGCGGGCAUGGGGGCAUGGGGUUAUGCGGGCAUGGGGCAUGGGGUUAUGCGGGCAUGGGGCAUGGGGUUAUGCGGGCAUGGGGCAUGGGGUUAUGCGGGCAUGGGGCAUGGGGUUAUGGGAGCAUGGGGGCAUGGGGUUAUGCGGGCAUGGGGCAUGGGGUUAUGGGAGCAUGGGGGCAUGGGGUUAUGCGGGCAUGGGGCAUGGGGUUAUGGGAGCAUGGGGGCAUGGGGUUAUGCGGGCAUGGGGGCAUGGGGUUAUGCGGGCAUGGGGCAUGGGGUUAUGCGGGCAUGGGGCAUGGGGUUAUGGGAGCAUGGGGGCAUGGGGUUAUGCGGGCAUGGGGCAUGGGGUUAUGCGGGCAUGGGGCAUGGGGUUAUGCGGGCAUGGGGCAUGGGGUUAUGCGGGCAUGGGGCAUGGGGUUAUGCGGGCAUGGGGCAUGGGGUUAUGGGAGCAUGGGGGCAUGGGCAUGGGGGCAUGGGGUUAUGCGGGCAUGGGGGCAUGGGGUUAUGCGGGCAUGGGGCAUGGGGUUAUGCGGGCAUGGGGCAUGGGGUUAUGCGGGCAUGGGGCAUGGGGUUAUGCGGGCAUGGGGGCAUGGGGUUAUGCGGGCAUGGGGGCAUGGGGUUAUGCGGGCAUGGGGCAUGGGGUUAUGCGGGCAUGGGGCAUGGGGUUAUGCGGGCAUGGGGCAUGGGGUUAUGCGGGCAUGGGGCAUGGGGUUAUGCGGGCAUGGGGCAUGGGGUUAUGGGAGCAUGGGGGCAUGGGGUUAUGCGGGCAUGGGGCAUGGGGUUAUGGGAGCAUGGGGGCAUGGGGUUAUGCGGGCAUGGGGCAUGGGGUUAUGGGAGCAUGGGGGCAUGGGGUUAUGCGGGCAUGGGGGCAUGGGGUUAUGCGGGCAUGGGGCAUGGGGUUAUGCGGGCAUGGGGCAUGGGGUUAUGCGGUGAUGGGGCAUGGGGUUAUGGGAGCAUGGGGGCAUGGGGUUAUGCGGGCAUGGGGGCAUGGGGUUAUGCGGGCAUGGGGCAUGGGGUUAUGCGGGCAUGGGGCAUGGGGUUAUGCGGGCAUGGGGCAUGGGGUUAUGCGGGCAUGGGGGCAUGGGGUUAUGCGGGCAUGGGGGCAUGGGGUUAUGCGGGCAUGGGGGCAUGGGGUUAUGCGGGCAUGGGGGCAUGGGGUUGGGCAUGGGGGCAUGGGGUUAUGCGGGCAUGGGGGCAUGGGGUUAUGCGGGCAUGGGGGCAUGGGGUUAUGCGGGCAUGGGGGCAUGGGGUUAUGCGGGCAUGGGGGCAUGGGGUUAUGCGGGCAUGGGGGCAUGGGGUUAUGCGGGCAUGGGGGCAUGGGGUUAUGCGGGCAUGGGGCAUGGGGUUAUGCGGGCAUGGGGCAUGGGGUUAUGCGGGCAUGGGGCAUGGGGUUAUGCGGGCAUGGGGCAUGGGGUUAUGCGGGCAUGUGGGCAUGGGGUUAUGCGGGCAUGGGGGCAUGGGGUUAUGCGGGCAUGGGGGCAUGGGGUUAUGCGGGCAUGGGGGCAUGGGGUUAUGCGGGCAUGGGGGCAUGGGGUUAUGCGGGCAUGGGGGCAUGGGGUUAUGCGGGCAUGGGGGCAUGGGGUUAUGCGGGCAUGGGGGCAUGGGGUUAUGCGGGCAUGGGGGCAUGGGGUUAUGCGGGCAUGGGGGCAUGGGGUUAUGCGGGCAUGGGGCAUGGGGUAUGCGGGCAUGGGGUUAUGCGGGCAUGGGGCAUGGGGUUAUGCGGGCAUGGGGCAUGGGGUUAUGCGGGCAUGGGGGCAUGGGGUUAUGCGGGCAUGGGGCAUGGGGUUAUGCGGGCAUGGGGCAUGGGGUUAUGCGGGCAUGGGGCAUGGGGUUAUGCGGGCAUGGGGCAUGGGGUUAUGCGGGCAUGGGGGCAUGGGGUUAUGGGAGCAUGGGGGCAUGGGGUUAUGCGGGCAUGGGGCAUGGGGUUAUGGGAGCAUGGGGGCAUGGGGUUAUGCGGUGCAUGGGGCAUGGGGUUAUGGGAGCAUGGGGGCAUGGGGUUAUGCGGGCAUGGGGGCAUGGGGUUAUGCGGGCAUGGGGGCAUGGGGUUAUGCGGGCAUGGGGCAUGGGGUUAUGCGGGCAUGGGGCAUGGGGUUAUGCGGGCAUGGGGCAUGGGGUUAUGCGGGCAUGGGGCAUGGGGUUAUGCGGGCAUGGGGCAUGGGGUUAUGCGGGCAUGGGGGCAUGGGGUUAUGCGGGCAUGGGGGCAUGGGGUUAUGCGGGCAUGGGGGCAUGGGGUUAUGCGGGCAUGGGGCAUGGGGUUAUGCGGGCAUGGGGCAUGGGGUUAUGCGGGCAUGGGGCAUGGGGUUAUGCGGGCAUGGGGCAUGGGGUUAUGCGGGCAUGGGGCAUGGGGUUAUGCGGGCAUGGGGGCAUGGGGUUAUGCGGGCAUGGGGGCAUGGGGUUAUGCGGGCAUGGGGGCAUGGGGUUAUGCGGGCAUGGGGGCAUGGGGUUAUGCGGGCAUGGGGGCAUGGGGUUAUGCGGGCAUGGGGGCAUGGGGUUAUGCGGGCAUGGGGGCAUGGGGUUAUGCGGGCAUGGGGGCAUGGGGUUAUGCGGGCAUGGGGCAUGGGGUUAUGCGGGCAUGGGGUUAUGCGGGCAUGGGGCAUGGGGUUAUGCGGGCAUGGGGGCAUGGGGUUAUGCGGGCAUGGGGGCAUGGGGUUAUGCGGGCAUGGGGGCAUGGGGUUAUGCGGGCAUGGGGCAUGGGGUUAUGGGAGCAUGGGGCAUGGGGUUAUGCGGGCAUGGGGCAUGGGGUUAUGGGAGCAUGGGGCAUGGGGUUAUGCGGGCAUGGGGCAUGGGGUUAUGGGAGCAUGGGGGCAUGGGGUUAUGCGGGCAUGGGGCAUGGGGUUAUGGGAGCAUGGGGGCAUGGGGUUAUGCGGGCAUGGGGCAUGGGGUUAUGGGAGCAUGGGGGCAUGGGGUUAUGCGGGCAUGGGGCAUGGGGUUAUGGGAGCAUGGGGCAUGGGGUUAUGCGGGCAUGGGGCAUGGGGUUAUGGGAGCAUGGGGGCAUGGGGUUAUGCGGGCAUGGGGCAUGGGGUUAUGGGAGCAUGGGGGCAUGGGGUUAUGCGGGCAUGGGGCAUGGGGUUAUGGGAGCAUGGGGCAUGGGGUUAUGCGGGCAUGGGGCAUGGGGUUAUGGGAGCAUGGGGCAUGGGGUUAUGCGGGCAUGGGGCAUGGGGUUAUGGGAGCAUGGGGGCAUGGGGUUAUGCGGGCAUGGGGCAUGGGGUUAUGGGAGCAUGGGGGCAUGGGGUUAUGCGGUGAUGGGGCAUGGGGUUAUGGGAGCAUGGGGGCAUGGGGUUAUGCGGGCAUGGGGGCAUGGGGUUAUGCGGGCAUGGGGCAUGGGGUUAUGCGGGCAUGGGGCAUGGGGUUAUGCGGGCAUGGGGCAUGGGGUUAUGCGGGCAUGGGGCAUGGGGUUAUGCGGGCAUGGGGCAUGGGGUUAUGCGGGCAUGGGGCAUGGGGUUAUGCGGGCAUGGGGCAUGGGGUUAUGGGAGCAUGGGGGCAUGGGGUUAUGCGGGCAUGGGGCAUGGGGUUAUGGGAGCAUGGGGGCAUGGGGUUAUGCGGUGAUGGGGCAUGGGGUUAUGGGAGCAUGGGGGCAUGGGGUUAUGCGGGCAUGGGGGCAUGGGGUUAUGCGGGCAUGGGGGCAUGGGGUUAUGCGGGCAUGGGGCAUGGGGUUAUGCGGGCAUGGGGCAUGGGGUUAUGCGGGCAUGGGGCAUGGGGUUAUGCGGGCAUGGGGCAUGGGGUUAUGCGGGCAUGGGGCAUGGGGUUAUGGGAGCAUGGGGGCAUGGGGUUAUGCGGGCAUGGGGCAUGGGGUUAUGGGAGCAUGGGGGCAUGGGGUUAUGCGGGCAUGGGGCAUGGGGUUAUGGGAGCAUGGGGGCAUGGGGUUAUGCGGGCAUGGGGCAUGGGGUUAUGGGAGCAUGGGGGCAUGGGGUUAUGCGGUGAUGGGGCAUGGGGUUAUGGGAGCAUGGGGGCAUGGGGUUAUGCGGGCAUGGGGCAUGGGGUUAUGCGGGCAUGGGGCAUGGGGUUAUGCGGGCAUGGGGGCAUGGGGUUAUGCGGGCAUGGGGGCAUGGGGUUAUGCGGGCAUGGGGGCAUGGGGUUAUGCGGGCAUGGGGGCAUGGGGUUAUGCGGGCAUGGGGGCAUGGGGUUAUGCGGGCAUGGGGGCAUGGGGUUAUGCGGGCAUGGGGCAUGGGGUUAUGCGGGCAUGGGGCAUGGGGUUAUGCGGGCAUGGGGGCAUGGGGUUAUGCGGGCAUGGGGGCAUGGGGUUAUGCGGGCAUGGGGCAUGGGGUUAUGGGAGCAUGGGGGCAUGGGGUUAUGCGGGCAUGGGGCAUGGGGUUAUGGGAGCAUGGGGGCAUGGGGUUAUGCGGGCAUGGGGCAUGGGGUUAUGGGAGCAUGGGGGCAUGGGGUUAUGCGGGCAUGGGGCAUGGGGUUAUGGGAGCAUGGGGGCAUGGGGUUAUGCGGUGAUGGGGCAUGGGGUUAUGGGAGCAUGGGGGCAUGGGGUUAUGCGGGCAUGGGGGCAUGGGGUUAUGCGGGCAUGGGGCAUGGGGUUAUGCGGGCAUGGGGCAUGGGGUUAUGCGGGCAUGGGGCAUGGGGUUAUGCGGGCAUGGGGCAUGGGGUUAUGCGGGCAUGGGGCAUGGGGUUAUGCGGGCAUGGGGGAAUGGGGUUAUGCGGGCAUGGGGGCAUGGGGUUAUGCGGGCAUGGGGGCAUGGGGUUAUGCGGGCAUGGGGCAUGGGGUUAUGCGGGCAUGGGGCAUGGGGUUAUGCGGGCAUGGGGCAUGGGGUUAUGCGGGCAUGGGGGCAUGGGGUUAUGCGGGCAUGGGGGCAUGGGGUUAUGCGGGCAUGGGGGAAUGGGGUUAUGCGGGCAUGGGGGCAUGGGGUUAUGCGGGCAUGGGGGCAUGGGGUUAUGCGGGCAUGGGGGCAUGGGGUUAUGCGGGCAUGGGGGCAUGGGGUUAUGCGGGCAUGGGGGCAUGGGGUUAUGCGGGCAUGGGGGCAUGGGGUUAUGCGGGCAUGGGGGCAUGGGGUUAUGCGGGCAUGGGGCAUGGGGUUAUGCGGGCAUGGGGCAUGGGGUUAUGCGGGCAUGGGGCAUGGGGUUAUGCGGGCAUGGGGCAUGGGGUUAUGCGGGCAUGGGGCAUGGGGUUAUGGGAGCAUGGGGGCAUGGGGUUAUGCGGGCAUGGGGCAUGGGGUUAUGGGAGCAUGGGGGCAUGGGGUUAUGCGGUGAUGGGGCAUGGGGUUAUGGGAGCAUGGGGGCAUGGGGUUAUGCGGGCAUGGGGGCAUGGGGUUAUGCGGGCAUGGGGGCAUGGGGUUAUGCGGGCAUGGGGCAUGGGGUUAUGCGGGCAUGGGGCAUGGGGUUAUGCGGGCAUGGGGCAUGGGGUUAUGCGGGCAUGGGGCAUGGGGUUAUGCGGGCAUGGGGCAUGGGGUUAUGGGAGCAUGGGGGCAUGGGGUUAUGCGGGCAUGGGGCAUGGGGUUAUGGGAGCAUGGGGGCAUGGGGUUAUGCGGGCAUGGGGCAUGGGGUUAUGGGAGCAUGGGGGCAUGGGGUUAUGCGGGCAUGGGGCAUGGGGUUAUGGGAGCAUGGGGGCAUGGGGUUAUGCGGUGAUGGGGCAUGGGGUUAUGGGAGCAUGGGGGCAUGGGGUUAUGCGGGCAUGGGGCAUGGGGUUAUGCGGGCAUGGGGCAUGGGGUUAUGCGGGCAUGGGGGCAUGGGGUUAUGCGGGCAUGGGGGCAUGGGGUUAUGCGGGCAUGGGGGCAUGGGGUUAUGCAGGCAUGGGGGCAUGGGGUUAUGCGGGCAUGGGGGCAUGGGGUUAUGCGGGCAUGGGGGCAUGGGGUUAUGCGGGCAUGGGGGCAUGGGGUUAUGCGGGCAUGGGGGCAUGGGGUUAUGCGGGCAUGGGGGCAUGGGGUUAUGCGGGCAUGGGGGCAUGGGGUUAUGCGGGCAUGGGGCAUGGGGUUAUGGGAGCAUGGGGGCAUGGGGUUAUGCGGGCAUGGGGCAUGGGGUUAUGGGAGCAUGGGGGCAUGGGGUUAUGCGGGCAUGGGGCAUGGGGUUAUGGGAGCAUGGGGGCAUGGGGUUAUGCGGGCAUGGGGCAUGGGGUUAUGGGAGCAUGGGGGCAUGGGGUUAUGCGGUGAUGGGGCAUGGGGUUAUGGGAGCAUGGGGGCAUGGGGUUAUGCGGGCAUGGGGGCAUGGGGUUAUGCGGGCAUGGGGCAUGGGGUUAUGCGGGCAUGGGGCAUGGGGUUAUGCGGGCAUGGGGCAUGGGGUUAUGCGGGCAUGGGGCAUGGGGUUAUGCGGGCAUGGGGGAAUGGGGUUAUGCGGGCAUGGGGGCAUGGGGUUAUGCGGGCAUGGGGGCAUGGGGUUAUGCGGGCAUGGGGGCAUGGGGUUAUGCGGGCAUGGGGGCAUGGGGUUAUGCGGGCAUGGGGGCAUGGGGUUAUGCGGGCAUGGGGGCAUGGGGUUAUGCGGGCAUGGGGGCAUGGGGUUAUGCGGGCAUGGGGGCAUGGGGUUAUGCGGGCAUGGGGCAUGGGGUUAUGCGGGCAUGGGGGCAUGGGGUUAUGCGGGCAUGGGGGCAUGGGGUUAUGCGGGCAUGGGGGCAUGGGGUUAUGCGGGCAUGGGGGCAUGGGGUUAUGGGAGCAUGGGGGCAUGGGGUUAUGCGGGCAUGGGGCAUGGGGUUAUGCGGGCAUGGGGGCAUGGGGUUAUGCGGGCAUGGGGGCAUGGGGUUAUGCGGGCAUGGGGGCAUGGGGUUAUGCGGGCAUGGGGCAUGGGGUUAUGCGGGCAUUGGGGCAUGGGGUUAUGCGGGCAUGGGGGCAUGGGGUUAUGCGGGCAUGGGGGCAUGGGGUUAUGCGGGCAUGGGGGCAUGGGGUUAUGCGGGCAUGGGGGCAUGGGGUUAUGCGGGCAUGGGGGCAUGGGGUUAUGCGGGCAUGGGGGCAUGGGGUUAUGCGGGCAUGGGGCAUGGGUUAUGCGGGCAUGGGGCAUGGGUUAUGCGGGCAUGGGGCAUGGGGUUAUGCGGGCAUGGGGCAUGGGGUUAUGCGGGCAUGGGGCAUGGGGUUAUGCGGGCAUGGGGGCAUGGGGUUAUGCGGGCAUGGGGGCAUGGGGUUAUGCGGGCAUGGGGGCAUGGGGUUAUGCGGGCAUGGGGGCAUGGGGUUAUGCGGGCAUGGGGGCAUGGGGUUAUGCGGGCAUGGGGGCAUGGGGUUAUGCGGGCAUGGGGGCAUGGGGUUAUGCGGGCAUGGGGGCAUGGGGUUAUGCGGGCAUGGGGGCAUGGGGUUAUGCGGGCAUGGGGGCAUGGGGUUAUGCGGGCAUGGGGGCAUGGGGUUAUGCGGGCAUGGGGGCAUGGGGUUAUGCGGGCAUGGGGCAUGGGGUUAUGCGGGCAUGGGGCAUGGGGUUAUGCGGGCAUGGGGGCAUGGGGUUAUGCGGGCAUGGGGGCAUGGGGUUAUGCGGGCAUGGGGCAUGGGGUUAUGCGGGCAUGGGGGCAUGGGGUUAUGCGGGCAUGGGGGCAUGGGGUUAUGCGGGCAUGGGGGCAUGGGGUUAUGCGGGCAUGGGGGCAUGGGGUUAUGCGGGCAUGGGGGCAUGGGGUUAUGCGGGCAUGGGGGCAUGGGGUUAUGCGGGCAUGGGGGCAUGGGGUUAUGCGGGCAUGGGGGCAUGGGGUUAUGCGGGCAUGGGGGCAUGGGGUUAUGCGGGCAUGGGGGCAUGGGGUUAUGCGGGCAUGGGGGCAUGGGGUUAUGCGGGCAUGGGGGCAUGA